AUCUUAAUGAUAAAAUCCAAAGCCUCUUCGCAAAUAACACCAGCAUAUGUCAAAAAAUUAAUGGAAAAUUGAAAGAAUUCGAAGAAGAACAGAAAAACACCAACCCUGAUUCUGCCGAAGGAAGAAUAAAAUCUAUCCAGUACAACACACUCAAAACAAGAUAUAUAAAAAUUUUCAGGCAGAGCAAUGCUGAACUGGAAAAUUUUAGGAAUAUUCAAAAAGCAAAUUUGGAGGCACAACUUAGAGCCAAAGGGAUACGAGUGACAGACGAAGAACUUGUAUCUCUCUUAGAAGAUAAGACCGACAUUCAAAUUUUCACAGAGAAUAUAAUAGCAGAAACUCAGGAAGCUAAACGAGUAUUGGCAGACAUCGAAGAAAGGCAUCAGCAGUUACUGAAAAUAGAACAAAUGCUGAUUGAAGUUAGAGAUUUAUUUCUUCAAAUGGCCAUUCUUGUGGAUGCCCAACAAGAAUUAGUUGACAGAGUUGAAUAUCAAGCACAACUAGCUAAAGAAUUUGUUGGAAAAACACCUGGAAUAUUGAGGGAUGGUCUGAACAAGAAGAUUAAAUACUUUAAAUGCAAGAUUUACUGUGGAAUUGCAAUUGCUGUGCUGAUAGUCAUAAUUCUGAUACUUCUAUUCAAAUAGUUCGAAAUCAUUACUUUUGUUGUAUUCAACUUGUUGUUCCUUUCAUAAUAACAACGUUCGAAUUAAAAUAUUUUCAAAUUCACCUACUCAUCAA